UUACAGAGGCUGUCAAAAAAGAAGUUUCUGUUUUUUUUUUGUGAAAGCAAGUAGCAGAGCAGUUGAAUGAUUUUAACAAAAACACGCCCUAAAUGACAGACUGUGUGGAUCGUAUUUGUCUGUGAUACUUUAAUUAUGUCUAGAGCGAAACUGGCUAGAAGUGUUGUCGAUACGUGUGCAGAUUGUGGGGCAUUUGAUCCAACUUGGGCCUCCAUUAAUAAAGGGAUUCUCAUUUGUGAUGAAUGCUGUUGUGUACAUAGAACACUUGGCAGGCAUGUAUCUCACAUUAAGUCGCUUCGAAAGGGAACAUGGAUUCCAGCACAGUUAGCUAUGGUCCAUGCACUUCAUAGCAAUGGUGCAAACAGUAUAUGGGAGCAUUCACUACUUGAUCCAACCAAUAGCAAAUCAGUGAGAAAGAAGCCCCAAGCCAAAGAUCCCAUUAAACCAACUAAAGCAGACUUUAUUAGAACCAAGCAUCAGUUACUUGGUUUUGUGUUCAGAGGAGGAAGCAAAGAUGACAAAGAUUGUGGGGAUUUACAGGACAGAGAUGUAUCUAAGCAGCUUCAUUCUAGUGUGCGAACAGCAAAUUUGGAAACCAGUUUACGACUCUUGUCUGCCGGAGCAGAUCCCAAUUACCUUCAUCAAGAAAAGGGCACAUGCCCUUUACAUGUUGCAGCUGGAGCAGGCCAAGCAUCACAAGUAGAAUUGCUUUUGAUAUAUGGCGCUGAUCCAGGAGGUUUGGAUUCGUUCGGAAAGACACCCGCCGAUCACGCUAGCGAAGCGGGAUACAAGGACAUAGCCCAUCGUCUUGUAGAAAGCCAGUACGAAUUGACAGACCGCAUCAGCUACUAUCUCUGCGAACGAAAACCGGACCAUUCAUCGGGCCAGCAUUUCUUGAUUCCUGAAAUGGCUGAUUCUAUUGACAGUAACUCUGACGUAGCCAAAGCUGCAAAGCGUAAGCUACAAAUGCUGCCUAACUAUUUGUUCGAGGAGAUGGCCAUGGAUGCCUACGAUGAAGUGGAUCGAAGAGAAACAGAGCAAUAUUGGUUGGCACUGCAAGGGCCAAACCUUCAGCAAAUGGCCGAUCGGGGUCAUAGCGUUCCUUUUUUACCAGUCAAUGCAGAGCUAUCACCCACACGAAAUCAGGCUCGCCAGAAACUUGGUCGACUCAACGCUCGCGAAUUUGCCACGUUAUUAAUUGAUUUACUCUCCGAAGCGAAAAGAAGGCAGCAAGGUGGAAUGGUUUUCCCCCUAAAAGGUAGGUAUAUAUAUAUUUUCAAUAAUAAAUAUCAGUUGCUUUACUUUAUUUCUGUUCCGAAAGACAUGCAAAACAACAUAAAGCUGGAUGGUUCGGAUGAUGAACCGCUAUACGAUAGUGUUGCUUCUGAAGAAGAAUUUGUACUCGCGGAGCAACAGCAAAUCCUAGCCGAGCAGAAGCAGGCCAACAGUAUUAAAGGACAACAGGACUUGAAUCAACAAAAGAGUGGUGUCUCAGUAGAGGCAUACAUUGGCAUCAAAGAGCAAUUGUCCUUGAGCAACGUGAGAAUGCAGGAGCUAUUAGCAAGUAAUACCAACAUGCAAACGCAGAUUGCCCAACUGCAAAACAUGGUUCAGACGCUGGUGCAAGAAAACAACCAAUUAAAAACUCAACCAGUUCCUGCGAUUGGUGGAACAACAGUCGCCCUUAAUGGACCAGCCACCUCAUCGUCAAAAAGUUUAGAAGAGCCAAUAACUUUAAGGGGAUCCAAAAUUCACGCAGCACGUCAUUACAGCAUGUAUGAGCCAAGAGAAGGACCUCGUUCUCCUCAACGAUCGACGCCCACCAACAGCACAGCUGCUUCCACAACCGCCUCUCCACCACCCCCUACUACCGCUGACGAAGUGGUCCGGCGAACAAAUAUAAUUACUAGGCGUAUACAGGAAGUCUUCCGUAAUGUUCAAGAACGACGCCAGGAUCAAAUAGAGCCUUGUGCUCAACGUAUUGUCGAAGCUGUGCAGACUAUGACAACGAUUGUCCCUCAGGGGGCGAGUGAAGAAGUGAAAAGUUGCAUACAUCAGCUGACAGCCAGCGCUUCUCGGUUGCUGGCUGAAUGCCACGAAGCUGGGACGACAGCUCCAUGCCCACCAGAUCAAGCUGUCACUCAGCGGAUCAUUCAAGGCGCCUAUGACGUGGCUAAGGCGACCAAACAACUGGUCACACUGUUCCAGUAGGACGCCUAUUUUUGCGUAUUUAUGUUUGCCCAUCUAUAAUGCUAGGAAAAUAGAGUAACAAAAUAAAACUGUUGAUUGAAUGAAAUUCUCUAAAUAAUUUAGCGUUUUCAAACAAGUGAUUGCCUAUAUUACUGUGACUGCAAAUAUCUUUUGUUCUGUUUCAAACUAAAGUGCCUCCUAUUGCAAUAAACGAGUCGAUAGAUCCUUUUCCAUCCUCA